CGACUAUUCUCAUCUCCUCCCCAUUCCUCGACAAAGUCUCCUGCGCUCCAAAUACAGCUCACCAUGUUGAUGUCCUUGCUCUCGCGGCUCCUCACCGGGUGGUUUGCAUUUUUGCUGCCCUCAUACUCCACAUUCAAGGCCCUCAAGCACCGCCCGAUCUCUGAGCCCGAGUUGGAACGCUGGACCACCUACUGGGCCGUGGUGGGUGCCUUCGUGGCGUUCGAGUACGGCGCGGAGUGGCUCCUGAGCUGGUUCCCAUUCUACUGGGAGAUCAAAACUGCCUUCCUGCUGUACCUUUCCCUCCCGCAGCUGCAGGGCUCCAGUUUCAUCUUCAAAAACUACCUCGAGCCGUUCUACGGCAGCCACGAGGCGGAUAUUGAUGCCGGCAUUGCCUCAGCCCAGACCGAGACCCUCGCCUUCGCGCAGACGCGCCUUGCGAGCCUCUGGGAGAUUGUCUGGAGCAUCAUUAGCAAGACCCCCGUUUCUGCCAAGGGCACCGGACCUGAGGAGAACGGUCACCCCGCGGGACAGCAGAGCCCCUUACAGGCCGUUCAGGGGCUCUGGAAUGCCUUCGGUCCCGCUGUCUUGGGUUCGGUGAAGCCGGCAAACGGCCAACUCGCCACUCCCGCUGCAUCAUCGACCUCUGUCGAGCCGUCUAUCAACGGUUACAACGUCGAUUCGCGCGCCCCACACACUCCCGAGCCCGAACCCCAGGCACUUUGAAAUGCUUGUGUUUGGUUCGAUGCGUGAG